UUGAUUUGAAAUUGCAACAAACGGUUUUCAACAAAUUCAACAGAUUUUAUUGAGUUAACUCGUUUCAUAUUGCAGAAAUGAAUAUUACUUCAGCUUCUGGUAUCAUUUCAUUGUUAGAAGAACCAAGACCCGAAUUAAAAGUGUUUGCUUUAAAACGUUUGAAUACGAUUGUUGAUCAAUUUUGGCCGGAAAUUUCUGAAUCUAUCGAUAAAAUUGAAAUUCUCCACGAAGACAAACACUUUCAACAACAUCAAUUGGCCGCGUUGGUAGCUAGCAAAGUUUAUUAUCAUUUGGGUUCGUUUGAAGAUUCUUUAACUUACGCUUUAGGAGCGGGUGAUUUAUUUGAUGUUAAUUCUGGCACGGAAUACGUUGAAACGACUAUUGCAAAAUGUAUCGAUCAUUAUACUCAACAUCGAUUAUCUUUAUUCGAUGGUAAAAUACCAAAACAAAUUGAUCCUCGAUUAGAAUCGAUCGUAAACCGAAUGUUUCAACGAUGCCUUCAAGAUGGUCAAUAUAAACAAGCCGUAGGUUUGGCUUUAGAAACACGAAGAUUAGAUAUUUUUGAAUUAGCAAUUACUCAAGCAGAUGAUGUACCCGCCAUGUUAGGAUAUGCUUAUCAAAUCGUUAUGAGUUUAAUUCCCAAUAGGGGAUUUAGAAACACUGUUCUUCGUUCAUUAGUCGGUCUCUACAGAGGUUUAGACACACCUGAUUACGUAAAUAUGUGUCAGUGUUUAAUUUUUUUGGAAGAUCCAGUUUCCGUCGCUGAAAUCUUAGCAAGAUUAAUUCAAUCUGAAGAACAAAAUGAACUUAUGGGUUAUCAAAUCGCAUUUGAUCUUUACGAUUCCGCAACUCAACAAUUUUUGGGGCGCGUUUUGGAAAGUUUAAGAGCUACGGCUCCUGUUCCCUCUGUUUUGGAAGAAAGCGUAAGGCCUAAACUUCCUGAGGCGGUUCUUGAAGCUGCUCUUGAUGAUGUUGGGACUAGCCAGGUGAAGAGGUCUAUAGACAAUUUAAAUGAAGAAGAAAGAUUGCAUCAGUUGAAAUUGGAGAAACUUCACAAUAUUCUUGCUGGGGAAAUUUCUAUAGAGUUACAUUUACAAUUUUUGAUUCGUUCAAAUAAAUCAGAUUUAUUAAUUUUGAAACAAACAAAAGAUAGCGUACGUGUUAGCAUUUGCCAUACUGCGACAAUUAUUGCGAAUGCUUUUAUGCAUAGUGGAACUACAAGCGAUCAAUUUUUAAGAGAUAAUCUAGAAUGGCUAUCACGCGCAACUAAUUGGUCUAAACUCUCAGCAACAGCUUCUUUGGGUGUUAUUCACCGCGGUCACGAACAAGAAGCUUUGUCUUUAAUGCAAAGUUAUCUCCCAAAGGAAGUAGGUCCAACUUCUGGAUAUUCAGAGGGAGGCGGAUUAUAUGCUUUGGGGUUAAUCCAUGCUAAUCACGGCGCUAAAAUCAUCGAUUACUUACUUGGACAAUUAAAAGAUGCUCAAAAUGAGAUGGUUCGUCAUGGUGGUUGCUUAGGGUUAGGUUUAGCUGCUAUGGGAACCCAUAGGCAAGAUGUUUAUGAACAAUUAAAAUUUAAUUUAUAUCAAGACGAUGCAACAACUGGUGAAGCUGCUGGUAUUGCAAUGGGAAUGGUGAUGUUAGGUUCUAAAAAUGGUUCUGCGAUUGAAGAUAUGGUUGCGUAUGCCCAAGAAAGUCAACAUGAAAAAAUACUUCGUGGCUUAGCUGUUGGAAUAGCAUUUACAGUUUUUGGAAGAUUAGAAGAAGCAGAUCCAUUAAUAGCUCAAUUAACAUCUGAUAAAGAUCCAAUUUUGCGAAGAUCCGGAAUGUAUACUUUGGCAAUGGCUUAUUGUGGAACCGGUCAUAAUCAAGCAAUAAGGAAGCUUUUGCACGUUGCGGUGUCCGAUGUAAACGACGACGUUCGCAGAGCUGCAGUGACCGCCUUAGGGUUUCUCUUAUUCAGAACUCCUGAUCACUGUCCAAGUGUAGUAUCAUUACUGGCAGAAAGUUACAAUCCUCACGUCCGUUAUGGAGCAGCAAUGGCUUUAGGAAUAGCUUGUGCAGGAACAGGACUUCGUGAAGCCCUCAAUUUAUUAGAACCAAUGAUAAUGUUUGACGCAAUCAACUUUGUAAGACAAGGAGCUUUAAUCGCGUCUGCAAUGAUUUUAAUCCAACAAACCGAUCAAACCUGCUCUAAAGCAUCAUUUUUCCGUCAAUCUUAUUCCACGGUAAUUUCCAAUAAACACGACGACGUUAUGGCGAAAUUCGGCGCAAUUUUAGCACAAGGGAUUAUCGACGCCGGUGGAAGAAAUGUAACUUUAUCGUUACAAUCAAGAACUGGACAUACAAAUAUGAUGGGAGUUGUUGGAGCGUUGGUUUUCACACAAUAUUGGUACUGGUUUCCGUUGGCUCACUGUUUAGCCUUAGCUUUUACACCAACUUGUUUGAUCGCAUUGAAUGCAAAAUUACAAAUGCCGAAAUUAACUUUUAAAUCAAAUGCGAAACCGUCUAUGUUUGCUUAUCCUCCACCAUUAGAAGAGAAAAAACGAGAGGAACGCGAAAAGAUUGCAUCGGCCGUUUUAAGCAUCGCUGCGAGACAAAGAAGAAGAGAACAUGGAAGACAUCGAGAUGAAAAGAUGGAUGUGGAUCCGGAGAAAGAUGAUAAAAAAGUUGAGAAAAUGGUGAUUGAUGACACAAAAAAGCAAGUUUUUGUAUCAAGUAUAAAGAAUAAAUUGCCGGAUGUAAUUCAAGAUAAAGGUAUUGUUAAAAUACAAGAUGUCAAAAUACAAGAUGCUAAAAUUCAAGAUACUAAAAUACAAGAUGCUAAAGUACAAAAUGUUAAAAUACAAGAUUCUAAAAUACAAAAUGUUAAAAUACAAGAUGGUAAAUCACAAGAAAAAGUAAAAACACCGCUAAAAACACCACCUAAAACUCCAAGUAAGCCUCAAGAAAAAAUUGAAAAUAAAACAGAAAAUAAAGUUGAGAAUAAAAUGGAAAAUAAAUCAGAAAUUAAACUUAGUGAUAAAAAAUCAGACGAUAAAAAAGAAAUUAAAGACGAUUCCAAAGAGGAAAAGAAAAAAGAACCAGAUCCUACCUUCGAAAUUUUAAGUAAUCCGGCUAGAGUAAUGAGACAACAAUUAAAAGUUAUUUCAAAUCCUGAGGGUGGUCAAUACGUAGCGUUGAAAGAUUUUUCUAUCGGCGGAAUUGUUAUGGUGAGAAAUAUGAAUCCGGGGGAAGAAGAACUUGUGGAACCUGUUGAAGCUUUUGGGCCGAAAAGUAACGAGGAAAAAGAACCUGAUCCACCAGAACCUUUCGAAUGGGUUGAGGACUAAACAAUUAUAUAGUUUAUUUACUUUUUUGUUUGUGUUGUUUGAGAUAAAAUUAUUUCCU